GAGGUGGAAAGCUGCUCGAUUGUCUUCAGAUUAAUGUAAUGAUAUUUGACAUCAAACAAACUGAGAAUUAUCAGAAAUUUAACUAAAUAUAAAACAUUAAAAAGAAGUAAUACGACUUGAUUUACAUUGCUCACAUAUUCAAAUCUAUUUGAAUAAUAGAUGCUCUGUAUUCUACAUUAUUUAUUAAUUCACUUGCUUUAUAUCAUAUAUUAGCAAAUACACACUUGAAUCAAAUUAAGUAAAUUAUUUUUCGUUAAAAUACUUCAUUACACAUCUUCGUUAUACCAGUAACAAUUUCACAACUAGAAGCAAAUGCAACAGAAUUUUUAUAGCUUAAUCUCCACUUUUUCGUGUGCAACUCAAUUAAACAUUGUUUCUCAUUUAAUGUGCUUAAAAUCUGAAAGCUGCCAUUAAGAGUUUCACAAAUGUUUUGCAUUUUCGUAAUAAAAGCAUCAUGCCAGGUUUUAAGGAAAAGUAUUUAUACAAUGUUUAUAGCUUGUUUAAAAUAUCUAUAAGCAGUAAAAUUCUCUUUAAUGAAAAAAUGUUUUGUCAAAAUGUAGCAAAAUUAAUUCGUUGCUAAAACACAUUUUCGUUUUCCAUCUAAAGAGAUAAACUAAAUAAUGUUAAAGUGCAUAUACAAUUCAAAUAGCAAACUUAUUCAAUUAGGAUUUUAUUUCUUUCAUAUAGUUUUGCAAUCAAAAGCAAAUUAAUAACCCGCACUUAAUUUGUUGAAGUUUGGAAUGAUUAGAGUAAUGUGUAUAUGGACAUUUUAAUUUCACUUAUCUUUCACGUUCUUAUAUUAUAUCAUUUCUUUCAAUUUAAGAGGAAUCAUUAUUAAAAACAAUCGCAUCAAAAUGUUAAUUUUUAGCUUAAGCAUUCAAUAAAGAAUAAUUUUCAGAUGCAAUAACAAAGCAUUCAGUAUGCACUUAUGCGAAAUAAUCAUGCUUCUGCUGUACUUGGCAACAUUAAUAUUACCAAUUCAAAGCUACUCUAGUUUUAGGAAGUCGUCCCUGAUCCCGGUCACGCCUGCCCCUACGGAAAAUUUUACAACUAUAUCAAUUGGAGCCAUUCUUCCCCAAUAUGGAUUCAAAGAACCUUCUCGUGCCAUUCGCAAAGCAUUGACAGAAGCCACAAAAAACGUCAACAGAAACAAAAACAAAUAUGUCAAAUUCAAGUUCACCAACAGCUAUCAAUUACAUGCUCACUUAGUUGAGAUGGAUACUUCUGCAAGUCCUCUUACCGUUUUGGAUGUCUUGUGCGAAAGGGUUCUUGCUGAAAAUGUAUCAGUUAUUAUGUACAUGACCAACGCCCAUGCACAUGGCUCGGUGUACGGCGGCAAUGUGGCAACAGCUCAGUAUUUGUUGCAGCUUACUGGAUAUCUUGGAAUACCUGUUAUAGCAUGGAAUGUGGAUAAUGUAGGAUUGGAGCAGCGUGUGUCGGAUUCUAGGAUUUUACAAUUGGCACCAUCAGCGGAGCAUCAAGCUCAAGUGAUGUUGAGUAUUCUCAGAAGAUACUCCUGGCAUACAUUUUCAAUGGUGACGUCACGUAUGGGAGGGCAUGACGAUUUCAUCAGAGCAGUCCGGGAGCUCACUCAAAGAGGAAUUUUUCCAGACUUCAAGUUUGACAUUUUAGAUGUUGUGAUAUUGAAAACAAGCCAUAGGGAAUCUAUAUAUAACGAACUGGAAGAAAUUGCUGACAGUGAAGCCAGGAUAUUUUUACUUUUCGCCACAAAACCUGAAGCAGAAGAAAUAAUGAGCGCUGCCACACAACUUGGUAUCACCAGGAAAAAUUAUGUGUGGAUUGCAUCGCAAGCCAUUGCUGAUACAGAAAUCAAAGUGCUUCCAGAUUUUCCUACGGGCAUGCUUGGUCUUUAUGUGAAUAGUUCAAGAGAAAAAUUAGAAGUUGAAAUAGACAAAGCAGUUAAUGUCUUUGCUCACGGCCUGGAGAGCUUCUUUGCUGAUCCCAAAAGUGUGAACAUUAGUUUGACGCCCAACCUCAGUUGUAAUGGCGCAGGACAAAGUCGUUGGCAUAAAGGGGAAGUCAUUUACAAGCACAUGCGAGGAGUAUCCUUUUAUUCCAAGACUAAUGGUCGCCUCGUCGAAUUUAACUUAGAUGGUACUCUGAAGGACGUCGAAAUCUACGUCAUGAAUCUAAACCACAACGGUUGGGAAAAGAUUGGUCUGUGGGAGGAUAACAAACUGGAUAUUAAAGACAUCGUCUGGCCUGGAAACAGUCCCGUUCCGCCUCCUGGAGUCCCUGAAAAAUUCAAUCUUAAAAUUACAUUUUUAAAGGAACCGCCAUAUGUCAACCUUCUCCCGCCUGAUAACGAGACAGGAGAAUGUAAGACCAGCCGUUCUGUCAGAUGUCGAAUAGCUCCUGAACAUAAACUAAUCGGGUUGAAUCAUUCCCUGGCAAUCAAAAAUCCUGAAUAUUAUAAAUGCUGUUCUGGGUUUUGCAUCGACUUACUUCAAAAAUUUUCUCAAGAUCUUAAAUUCACUUACGAUUUGUACCAAGUAGAAGAUGGUGCAUGGGGUGUAGUUAAUGCAAAUGGCACAUGGAACGGUCUCAUAGCCGACCUACUGAAUCACAAAGCAGACAUCGUAGUCACUUCGAUCAAAAUCAAUUCCGACCGUCAACAGGUGGUGGAUUUCACGGUUCCUUUCUUGGAAACCGGGAUUGCCAUUGUUGUCGCGAAGAGGACGGGAAUCAUAUCACCGAAAGCGUUUCUAGAGCCUUUUGACACAAUAUCAUGGCUCAUGAUAUUACUUGUAAGCAUACAGGGUGCGGCCUUGGCUAUUUUCUUAUUCGAAUGGUUGAGCCCUUACGGUUACGAUAUGAAAAUGUCUCCACCUAGAGACUUCAAUGGACCAGAUCACAAGUUCUCAUUAUUCCGCACAUACUGGCUAGUUUGGGCAAUAUUGUUUGGAGCCGCAGUCAAUGUCGAUUGCCCUAGAGGAUACACUGCAAGGUUUAUGUCCAGCGUGUGGGCCAUGUUUGCUGUCGUAUUCCUCGCUAUAUAUACUGCCAAUUUGGCGGCUUUCAUGAUUACUCGAGAGGAGUACUAUGAUUUAACAGGAAUAGAUGAUAAAAGGUUGCAAAAUCCACGAAUGUACGAACCACCCUUCCGCUACGGAACUAUACCUUAUGGUAAUACCGAAGCUAUUCUGAAGAAAAACAAACCCCAUUUAUUCACAUGGAUGAGGAAGUUCAAUAGGUCUUCUGUUCUUCAAGGAGUCGCUGCUGUCAAAAAAGGAGAUCUUGAUGCUUUUAUCUACGAUGCUACGGUGCUUGAAUAUCUAGCUGGCCAGGACAAUGAAUGUCGAUUACUUACUGUUGGUAGCUGGUACGCCAUGACGGGUUACGGUUUCGCUUUGCCAAAGAAGUCCAAAUACCUCAGCAUGUUCAACAGGGCUAUGAUACAGUACAGAGAAAAUGGAGACCUCGAGAGACUCCAGCGUUUCUGGCUUCAAGGCGCCUGUAAGCCAAAGCAUAAAAAGCGGAAUGUGAGUAAACCUCUGGAUGUUAACCAGUUCAUGAGCGCCUUCCUUCUCCUAGGAUGUGGAAUUUUAUUCACAAUUGUGGUGUUACUGUUAGAACAUAUCUAUUUUAGUUACAUAAGAUACCACCUUUCGAAGACAGACAAAAGAGGAUGCCUUACACUCAUUAGUUUAAGCAUGGGAAAAUCACUUUUAACACCCAAGGCAGCAGUGGAGGAAGCAACAGAAGCGUUUACAAAUCACAAAUGUAAAGAUCCCGUAUGUGAUGCUACUUUAGCAAAAACAAAGAGAGAUUUGUACUUAGCAAAUCUAAAGAUUCAAGAGUUAACAGAAAGGAAUAAUAUGCUGGGAGUCAAAGUCCUUCCAUCUAAUCAGGACUCAAAUGCUACGCGCAAAAUUUUGGAAACCCGAGAUAUGACGAGAAAUUACAUCUCAACUAAUGAAAUCAGUGAACCCGGUUACAAGACCCACCCUCUCCAUUCUUAUGGACCCCAUUUCAUCAAAACCAGUACAACGGCAACUGAUGUCGCUGAAAUUGAAACCGUGUUAUGAUAACGAGGAUUAGUUUCUUUCACAGUACUCCGUAGCUGUGUGCAGUGCAUAGAAAAUUUACUUAGAUUUACCAUACUGGAAGUUCUAUUCAUAAUUAUGGCUCUCUGUAUGCAGAAGAAACAUGAAUCAAAGUUAGUUAGCCAAAUAUUAAUCAAAGUAUAAGGCAAAUAACAGCUGAGAUCACUGGAAACAUAGGAAUCUAAGCCCACUUUGUUGUGUCAAAGAUUAUCAUUUACUUAAAAAAAAACCUCCAAGAGAAAUAUUGUACAAAACCAAAAAGGAAAGAGAUGAAUUUGAUUUUGAAUUUAAAUAAAUCUCACCGUAUUGCAAUCAACGCUCAUAUCCAUACACGCAUAUUUUACUCAAGAACAAGAUGCCAAAAAUGCUAUUCCUCCAUUGUAUUUCCUCCAUUGUAAACAGUACUCAACAAUUCUUAAGUGAACUAAAUAUUUGAUUUCUCAAGCAGUGCUUGAGAUUUAAAUCUUUAUUGCUCAUUAGAGAAUUUAUAGAGAAAUAUAUCAGACAACAUUUGGAGAAAGUAAUUUAUACAUAUAUCCUUACAUGUUUUAAUGAUUUAUUGUCAUUGAUGCAUAAAAGGUCUUAAAAUAGCUUUUGAUUUAUGAGUUUUAAGUGCAUAAGAGACUUCGAUUAGUAGAUUAAAUAUAAAUUAAAAUAAGUCAUCGGAUAAAUGCAAUUUUAUUUCAUGAGUUGCUACAACUAUGUGAACAUUUUUAGACUUUUCUAUGAGUUGAGAUAUUUACGAAAAUAUAGUUUGCUGAAUAUAUAUUCUAUGCAAAUACUAGUAGCCUAGAAAGCAUGCAGUAUUAAUUUAAGCGAAAAUAAAUAUAAUAUGCCGUUACUAACGUUUCUACAAGAUUAUGAAGUGAUGGGUAAUCAAACUCAUGAUCUGCAACACACUACUUAGCAUAUUGACUGUUGACUGUUGUAUCUGUUUUCUUAUUACGUAUUGCAAUAUCCUGUUGUUGUUUAUAAUGGCCUUUAAAUUAAAAUACCGGAAACUGUGUAAGAGAAUACUGAAUGUGGCAUGGGCAAGAUUAAUUGAAAUGAAGCCAUUGCUUUUAGGUUACCACUUGAUAUCCGGUGAGCUUUGAAACUUUGUUAUUAUUUGAAAGAUGAUUAAACAAGAAGUAGAUUAAAAAAUAAACGAAAAGCAUAAAAAUAUUUUAAUUACAGGCAAGACAAUUAAUUAUUUUAAAAACAAAAGAAGUGCGAAAUUUUCAGGAAAUUUCUACCUUAUAUCAGAUAUGAUACAAAACUAUAUUAUCAAAACAGGAAUAAAAUGAAUGCUAUAAAAAUGGGUCUGAAUGAAUGUUACGAAUAAGUGUGUUAUUGGAGAUGGUAAAAAAACUUGUAAUUUCAACAGCUGAGUAAGUUAAGAAGAACAAAAAUAGGUUAUUACAUGUUUCUAAACUUUAUAUUUUUAAGUCAAACAUUAGAAAGUAAAAAACUAGAAUUAAUUCGAAAAAAAAGUAACUGUUACAGUUAGGAUUUUGAUUAACUGAAUUUAUAAAAAUUAAGAAAAGGAAAAUGAAUAUUGAAGUGAAAAAGCAUCAUUUUUAAUUUAGAUAUACAGGACGCUUUAUUUAAUUCAUUCGACUUAAAUUUACGUUUUACAUGCAUUUUAUAUUUUAAUAGGUAAAAAUUUAAUAUUAUUUUCCCAUUCGUUACAUUUUUGCUCUUAAAUUUGCUCUUAGAAUUUAAAAUAAUGUUAUCACCAAAAAAUUAAAAUAUCCCCUAUCAUGUGUUUAUGGUAUGGUUACACAUAAACACGUAUAAUGUGGAAUUUCGUUUUACUGUCAAUGGCCUAAGACAUAACGAUUUGUAAAUUGAAUAUUUUCAACAUUAUUAAUAAUAAUACUCUCUGCGUUUAAACGUGCUUACUUGAUAACGUUUUUAAAUUCUCCAUUUGCCAGUGGUUGAAUCUUGGCUAUGAAAAUUUCCCAAAAUUCAGUGGUUAGCCUGAAGCGUAUAAAUGCUUAAUUAUCUCUAUAUAACAUAUAUCAUAAUAUCCGUGAUAUUGACUUUAAAAAUUAAAGUUUAUUGAUUGCGCUGUAUUAUUAUCAUUAUUAUUGCGAUCUUCAUUCGGAUUUGCAUUUGGGGAAAAUAUGCAAGUAAAUCAAUUACUUCUAGGUUAAAUUUUAUGGCGUUAUAUAGCUAAAUCGAUCAACUAAAUGCAGUUUCUGAUCUAAUUGUGCAUAAGUAUAGAGGGCGUUUACACGUUUUUAGAACGAUUUUGGGGGCAUUUAAUUAAUGUUUAAUAUGUAAAUGGUGUUUUUUAAUGUUCGGUCUAAUAGCCUAUUUCUUACCUUAUGCAUCGGGAUUUCCAUGAUAACGAGGGUUUCGUAAAAUUUCCAGGGGUAUUAAUUUCCUUUCCUCUUCCAAUUACUUUGCAGACCACUACUUUCCGACCAGAAUUCGUCAAUCAUGGUGCAUUUGCACGUAGAAAGAGCUCUUUUCAAGAGUCAAAAGGCAUAAUAAUCUGUAGGUGAAGCGACAGGGGCUUAGGAAUACGUUGAAAAGUUAUAGUUGCAAUACCUGUAUCAUAUUUAAUUUCUUCAAGCAAUAGAAUAUUACAUUUCGAAGGAUGACUUGUUGCUUUGUCCAGACGAAAUUUCACUCACUGAUAUUCCUUCGAAGAAAAGGACAGAAGAAAAGGAAAUUCUUCUGUAAAUAUCCGACGUACAACUUUCUCUUGAUAGCACGUUGAUUUGAUUUUAAUAUUUUGUCCACUCUUCUCAUUUUAAAUUUCCUGUUGCAAGAGAAUCCGGCUAUAAUCGUAAAACUUUCUUUGCAUUGGCGGAAACAGUUAUGUCGAUUUUUAUUUCUUUCUUGUUUACGAAUAACAGAUAGACCUUUCUCUGUUGCAGUCAUUUAGUCAAACCCAUGCUUCAUGAAACGUCGCAAUUCUUGAAACACAGUUUUCAUGCAGGAUUAUAUAACUAGUUCAGCGUUGAGACGCACGCUUCGGCAAAAGCUGCUAAUCAUUAUGCUUUCUAUCAUUUUUUAAGUUGUAAAUCUUGAUUUAUUAUUUUAUUUAUUGUUGCUACAGAUACAUUUAAAAACUUUGCAACUGAUUUCGCGCCGGCUGAUUUUCUCCUGUUAUCAAUAAUUUCAUUUUAGAAACUUUAGAGACAGUACGUUCUUGCUUGUUUCGGAUAUUCUUUUAGUAUCCUGUUUUCAUGUAGAAAUAAUGGCUGACGGUUUUUCCCUUUACGAUUAAUAAUGUUGCUUAUUUUGCACUUAUAAGUUUUAAUAUCAUGUAUCGUACAGCGUUUUUGAGUAAUGGAAUAAAAAUAUUUCUGUUCGAAAAGCCCAGAAAUAUAUUCUUCUGUCCGCAGCUUGUUUGCAUGUGACAUUUUCAAAGAAGAGUAAAUUUUAAAAUAGCAGAUAAUACUUUCAAAUAACAAGCUGUUGACAGAAAAUUUUAUUCCAAAACAUUUUUUUUAAUUCUCUAUAAAAAUGUGCAUGCAGUAAAAUUGUAGAUCACUGUUGAAUUUACAUUUUUCGGUGCUCUUAUCAGUAUUGGAUUAGCAUAAUACCUUUCAAAUGAUUUCACUAAUGAGAAUUUCAUAAUCUUGCCCAUAGCCGAACUUUGUUGGCAGCUAAGUCCUAUUUCUGAACUAAAGAUUUUAGUAAGCAAUCUGAAGUAGAGGUAUAAAUGUUUUAACAAGUAAUGGUGCUGCAAUCAAUGAUUAGCGUAUUUUAUAAAAGAAUGAAAGGAAAUAUUGAAGCUUGUUUUUUGUAUAUGUGGCUUAAAUGUCAAGUGCAAGUUACAUAAUUCGUGUAGAACUAGAAUACAAGUUAAUAAUCUUGUUUUGUAAAACGGUUCUGCUCAUUCGCAGCCUUAAAGUGUUAAAUCUGGUAAACUGUAAAUAUAAGCAAUUUAACUUGUAGCAUAUCUGUGCUUGCCUUGAAAGUUAGCUUGCGUGAUUGUCAAAAAUCUUUUACUGUACACAAGCACUUCUGUUCACGGAAAUGUAUUUCAUAAUUGACAAUUACUUUCAAAUUAGGUUGUAUGGUAAGGCAACUCCUGCUUAAAUCAUGUUCAUUUAUGUUAAAUUCUACAUUUUGCUAGUUAACUUAUAAAAUGUGACUAAUAUUGGUGUAACAGAAUAUUUCAUUUAGAUUUCAUAACUCAAGUAUAAAACAACCGCUAAAUGAUUUAUGUUUUUUUUGUUGUUUUGUUUUGUUUUGUUUUGUUUUGUUUAAAGGCUUGUAUUCUGUAUAAAAUAAUCCUUAGUGACAGUAUAGGAAAAGUUCCUAAAAUACAUUUAUACUCAUGGCAAUUCUCAUAACACUAAUAUCUGAUUGAGCAUAUAUAGGUUACUGCUAAUAGGAUAAUGUUUACAAAAAUAUUAAUCCACAGAUGAUAUUAUAUUAGGCGGGGGAUAUACAAUACAAUAUUAAAUGUAAUCGAACAAUUAUAUAUAUUCGACCACUUCCAGAAAAAUACUCGAAUUCAUUUUUGCCCACUUUAGAAUAAGAUGUCAGUUCAGAAUAAGAUAAGAAAAAUCCGGUCUUCAAUCUAAUUUUUCUCUUUGAAUUUGAUUUUGAUGUUUGAGUGUAAAUAACGCCAUUCUCAAAUUGAAUCGAAUAAAUGUGUUUAAUCUCAACAACUCCUAAAUCUCUGAGAUUAUUAAUUCGUAUAAAAAUUUAAAUUUUGCUCCUCUAAAUCACUAGCCCAAAAAUGUGGAUUUCGAACACCCCCACGGCAUCUCUGUGCGUGCAUUUCAGACCUUUUUACUUUUCAAUAAUGGUCGUCAUCGUUUAUUUCUCUUUGCUGCAAAUUUUAAUUAAUUCUAUUGAACUAAAAAGAGAAUUUUUUUAGCUAAUCAGAGUUAGAUAAAAUUUAUUUCUUGUAAAACUUUCAUAGUUUGAUAGAAAUAUAUUUAAUAUAACAUAUAAUCUGUUUUGUUCUCAUUAAAUAUUAUAUCUCUAAACGUUUAGUACACCAAAACAUUUAAAUGUUAGUUUCAUUAUUAACCUUUUGAUCAAAAAAUCCCUAAUACUCGUUUUCAAAGCACUGAAAAUUUAAUUUUAAUUUCUUCCUUUAAUGCAAUUCACCAUUAAAUUUCAUCGUAUACAUUUUAUGUUAACUAAUACAAAUUGCUAUACAUGACAGAUCGUCUUAAAAUUGGUCAAUGAAAAAAUAUGAGAAAUGAGAAUAGAGAGUUUGGCAACAUCUGGUCUUGCUCAUAAAAUACUUCAGUUAACGAAAGGUUGUUCCGAAACAGCAGUUAAUUUACGUAAGUUAUAAGUGCAAUAUAUUAUGGCACUGAUGUUUCUAAGCAAGAAGCUGUAAAAUAAGUGGCCCCAAGAGAUUAAUUUAACGUAUGAGAAUUGCAACAGGAAAGUAAACUAUGAGCGGUAUAAGACAUUUUAAGGACUGAGGGAGGAGGAAUAAAAAUAUAAUAAACUGCCUAUGGUAUUAUUAGAUUACACUAGAACAAACAGACAUAAUCACUAUAAAAAUCAAAUAUUAGUAUCAUUACUCUUAUAAAUCAAAAUGCGCAAAACACGUGACAUAACGACCAUAGUCCUAAAAAGGUGCAGUAAUCAAAAGAGUGCAUCAGAAUUUAUGUUUAUAAUGAAACUUCGAAUCAAAAUCAAAGAAUUUAGCGAAUUAAAGAAUCAUAAAGAUUCAUGAUAACGCUGUUUGUACCAUAUGUGUAAUAAUAAUAAUAAAAUUUAAUUUUACCUCAGACUUAUGUUACUUGUCUCCUCGAACCCUAUUAUGUCUUUUAAUUAUUUCAACCAUCAGAAAUAGGCUCUUUUCAUUAGGUUAAGAUGAAUGCGAUAAAUUCUACUAGCCUGAAGAAACGUGAGUGACUUGCCAAUAAGAAAUGUGUGGGCUGAUGAGUGCAGAAGUUAUGAAAUUGAAAUUAUAUUUUUGUUUUCUUUCAUUGAAGUUAAAUAUAGUGUUGAAAACUGCAAAUCCCUCAUUAAUUUUUUAUAAGAAAUGUAUCUUUAAAUUUAUGUGCUUAAUUGAAAAAUAAUUUUUUUACAAAACAGGUAUGCUUCGUCCAAUGAGAAAGUUUCAUAGCAUCUAUAGAUAAAACUUUUAUCUAAAUAGUAUUUCCAAAUUGGGUACGAAACAGCAGGUUUAAAACAUGAAAUUAAAGCAGGAGUUGCCAGCAUUUGAUUAGAGUUAUUUGUGUUUUAAUUCCAGAUACAUUCCUGUUUUUCUGUCUUGAUUGUUUUGUGUCAUUGUGUAUGAUCAAAGUUAGACAUAAUAUUAUAGACUGGUAUUAGUCUUGCAAUCUUUAUACGUAGUCACUGCAAUAUACUGAGCUCAAUAAUGUAUUUCUGUUUAUGCAUAAGAGAAAUUUUCAGUUCAGGAAUUGUUGAUUUAAUGGUAUUAUUGAUUUGCUACUCACAGAUUGUAAAAUACGUCCUACAAUCAUGGAAGAUUCAAAGUUGCUAUUUUAAAAAUAAAAAAGCUUCCAUAUA